AUGUCUUAGAAGUAUGGAUAAAAUUGAAGAUUUCCCAAACGAAACUGAAUUGCGAGUGCACAACGCUAUGGCAGAGGCACCCGCAAUCGCAGGCCCAACCGAUAAUGAUGGCAACAUUGAUGAGCCGAUUAUCUACGACUACAUGAGAUAUCCGAACAAGAAGAAGAGAAACAAGCUUGCGGCUAAGACGUUCAAUACCAACAGAACGGUCCACUUCAGGAAGUUCGUGGAAUUGGUGACGUACACGAACAACGGCAAAAUUAACAUACAGGAGGUAGCUCUGCGCACCGAAGAGGAGCAGUCUAAGAGUACAAUGAAGCGCGACAAUCUUUAAUCGCUCACGUACCAAAGAGAAGUAGGAAAAGUCUGAUGAAUCGGCUCUCAUCUUAUAAUGUCUUCCAUUUCUACGAAUCAAAGAUUGCCCUACACCCAAAGAUGCUCCAGACCCCUAGGCUCCCAUUUAAAAAUGAUCUCGUUAAAAGUCGUUGUUGCAUAAUUAAUUAAAUUUUAGUGAAUAUA